UCCAUCAAUAAACUGUAGGCUUACUCUCAUAGAAUUCAGCCAAAUCACAUGUCAAAGCCAUCAUGUUCAGAUGCCCAAGGGCCAGAGGAACUGGGGGAGAAAGUCGAAGAGCAGGUUAGAAGUAAAGAAGGGUGCAGGAACGAGGCCAGAGGAGAAUCAGAAGUGCAUGCUGGGUGAGGAGAAAAUAAAGACCGGUGGAAAAUAGCCCCGCUUGGUGACAUUCCUGUCUGUUGACACAAGUCUUUCUUGUAACAGACUGCUCUCACCUUAAACCAGGAAGUGGACAUGAACACUCUCUCCACUGACAAGAAGCCUCUUGUGGAUUAUGGCAUUCAGAUCCGCUUCAUCAACGAUCUCCAUGACACAGGUGGGGGUUACCCCGAUAAAUCCAAAGGAAACAAUAGUGCAACCCCUGCUUCCAGUAAAUACGGGGUGGCAGUGCGAGUUCAGGGAAUCUCAGGACAGCCCUAUGUGGUUCUGAAAGACGGUGAGAAAGGUGACUCCUAUGGAGUUCAACUAAACGCUCCUGCUCCCAGCUCAGGGACCCCAUCACCUUAUAACAGCCUCCCCAAAAUUAAUAAAGAACCUGCAGAGUUCACAAACCCCUACAGCCCCAUUUUAAACACAGCACACCCCCCUGUUUCUCCACCAGAGGAUGAGGAUGGGGAGAUUUUCAGGAGCCCUCUUAAAAGACCCCCUGGGGAUGGUCAAGCAGGAACACAAGGGGAGGAGGAGAGUAAAGCUAGAAGAGAAGGGCAGGUGGACAGGGUGAAAGCUGAACCCCAACUCAAAGCAACAGCCACUGAAGCAGAGAAAAACAGAGACUGGACUAGUUCAGGCAAGUAUAAUGAAGCAGGGCUGAAACCUGUCAAAGUAAACGGUGUGGGGCCCAGGGGGGUCAAGCAAACUGGCACUGGUUUCACUGGCUCUUUGGGGAGACACAGUGGGAAAAAGCAGAGUAGAGCUUCCCCUUCAGAGUCAUUCCCAGAACUUUCUGCACCAACUGGUGAGACACCAACCCCAGAAAUUGACACCAACUCCCUGGCUCCCAUCAACAAGCUCAUCAAUAAGUUCAACAGUGGGACGCCAGGCAGCGCCCCACAGACCCGGGGCCGCUCUGGAGCAAGGCAGCGGCUCAGGUUCGACGAGCGCAGGAGGUCCAGAAGUCUUGACGCUAGAAGAGAUGAUGAGCCAGAGGUUGCCCUUCCUUCUCCUGUUCCUCUAAAUCCCUACACUGUCCCUCCAUCUACCUCUUCCAACAUUUUGACAUCAUCUGCCCCAAUGAGUGGUAGCUUGGGAAGGAGCUCUAUGUCUGUUUCCAAGGUGACGGUUCUUGAGGCCCCAAAGCCGAGCUUUAAAUCACCAGGGAAGUUUGUUGCCAAGGACACUCCUCCAGCUUUAGCAAAAAAGCCUGAGAUGUCUGCAAGGAGUCAAAGCACAGAGGUCAUCAUUGCAGAGGAAGCUCAGGUUAAGCAAGCUUUUCACAACACCCUCAAAGAUAGCCCCAGUGAGAGUGAAGGACCCCUCAAAAGACAGGCCAACCUCACCUAUGAGACAACUGGCAGUUUAAAGAAGGGAGAAUCUGAUGGAGGCAUACUGAAGGGUAAUCUUGAGGAACUUCAGGAGCACCUCAAUCGCUGCAAGAAAGAACUGCAGCAGGCUCGUGAUGAACUGGCCAAGGAGCGAACAGCCAGGGAGGGGGCAGAGUCUCGUCUGCAUGUACAGGAAGAUCAGCUGGCUGAACUUCAGGAGGAGCUGAGGAGGUUUUCAGAAAACUCACCUCACUCAGACUCUCUUCAGGCGGAUGUGAUGACGCUGCAGGCAGAGCUGGCUGAGGCCGCCAUGUUACGUCAGCGCCAGGAGGAGAAGCUCCACCAGCGGGAGCGGGAGCUAGCGGCCCUGAAGGGGGCUUUGAAGGAGGAGGUGGAGUGCCAUGACAAGGAGAUGGAGGCUCUGAGGGAGCAGUACAGCCAGGACAUGGAGAAUCUGAGAAAAACCAUGGAGCAGGUCACACAGUCUCAGGAGCAGAUAGAGAAGGAGAGGGAGAGAGUGAAUGCUUCCAUGCUGACCCUGGAGGAAGAGCUGAAGAGCUACAGAAAUCAGGGAGAGCGGUGGAAGACGCAGCUGGAGGCCAGCACACAGGAGCUGCACAACACCAGAGAAGAACUUCUGAAAUCUCAGUUGGAGAAGGAAGAAUUUGAAGGCAAGAUAAAGGAUCUCCAGGAUUCACUUCUCACCACAAAGAAACAAAUCCCUGUAUCUGACGAAAACCACUCUUUAGCAGAGGAGCUUCGUUGUUGCCAUGGCGAUCUGAAGCAGACUCGCGCCGAUCUGGACAAACAAAAGAGCGAGUUACACAAGAAGAGUGAGGCACUUCAGGCCCUGGAGAAAGCGAGUGAGGAGAAAGAGGCUAAGCUUCAGUCAGAGAUCAGUGGAUUGAAGGAGCAGUUGGAGAAAGAUAAAGCCAAGCUGGAAAAGGCCCUCGAGAAGGCAAAGGAGUCAUCUGUUGGAUCUGCAGGAAAGACUGAGGUGGACCACGGCACCAACUUGGAGCUCCAGGAAGAAAACGCUCGCCUCCGAGAAAGGCUGGCCCGCAUGACAAGGCAUCACUCCGGUGCGUCCCGGAAUUGUGAAGCUGAGGAGGCAGUGCAAGCUCUGGAGGAAGAGACCCGCUCCCUGAAGAAUCAGCUUGAGGAGGUCAAGAGAGGAACCACCCGCCUGAGCAAGGAGAAGGACGAGCUGACCCAACGGCUAGAGGAGAGGGACCUGGAGAGGGAAGCACUGAGGAGGGGCAAGAGCGACCUGGAGGAGCAGAAGAGGCUGCUGGACCGAGCCCUUGAGAAGAUUAAUAAAGAGAUGGAGAUGAUGAUGGGAGAUUCCCGUCAGUCGGUGGCCACCCUGCAAACACAGCUUGAUGAGUACAGGGAGCGCUCGAGAAAGGACCUGCAGGAGGCGCAGCGCAACAGCAAAGACAGGCUGGCUGAGCUGCAGAGGGCCCAGAGCAACCUGAAGGCUCAGCAAGAAGAGGUUUCCCGUUUGAAGAAGGAGCUUCUGGUAUGCAGCGAGGACAGAGAGAGCGCACAAUUGGAGAGAGACCUCCUCAACAACCGUCUCAAACACCUUGAGAGCGAACUAGAAUCAGAGAAGAGCACCUACACUGACCGCACCAGGGAGAUCAGGGCCCUGGAGGAUAAAAUUAAAACACUGGAGAUUGAACUAGAUGAGGAGAAAAGCAAUGUGGAGCUUCUGAAUGACCGCAUCACACGUAGCAGAGAUCAGGUGGACCAGCUUCGUUCUGAGCUGAUGCAAGAGCGUUCAGCGAGACAUGACUUGGAGAUGGACAAAAGUGCACUUGAAAGACAGGUGAAGGAGCUGAAGACUCGGGUGGCAGACAUAGAGGGACAGCCUCGGCCCUCACCUGGAAUCCCCCUGCUGGAAAGCAAAAUCCAAGAGUUAGAGGAGAGACUACGCAGUGAAGAAAGAGAGAAGGCCAGUAUCCAUGCCUCUCAGAGACGAAUGGAGAGAAAGCUGAAGGAGCUGAAUGCCACAUUAGACCAGGAGAGAAGCCAACAUGCUGAGCAGAGAGAUCAGCUGUCUCUGCGUGUGAAGGCUUUGAAACGGCAGUUGGACGAGAGCGAGUUAGAGGUGGAACGUCUGGAGGGUGUUCGCCGUAAGGUUCUCAGGGACUUGGAAGAGCAGCAGGAGCUCCAGGAGGCACUGCAAGCCAAAGUGACAACACUGGAGACUGAACUAAAGCGAAAAUUGCAGCAGACACAUCGUGCAGCCCUGGGCCUUUCCAUUUUAAGCUCUGAGGAUGAGGAUGAGGUUUCUGUGACAACAUUGCUUCCAUCCUGAAUGAACGCCACCCAGAGAAAAGCUAGAGGAACAUUUAAAAUAAGAUUUUUUUCAGUGCAAAAACUUGUACAG